CAUCGACUUGUAGUUUUUAGCGGCUAUCAGGCGAGCUCUGUGAAUAAAGAGGAGCUGAUGGCUGCAAAAAGGAUGCAGUUAGAGCUGAGUCGUGUAGUCCAUGGUACAUCCCGACUGGGAGUCUUGAGGGGAGUGGGUAACAAGGCGGGAGAGUAUUCUCUGGAUACUCCAGGUUGCCUGUUGUACACACACCUCGGUACAGUCCCGCAUCUUACCCAGGACACACUGCACACGCUGAAGCACCUUCCAUGUGUCUCCCAGGUUACUUUGUCCGCAAUAGCAGAACACCAAGAGGUCUUAGAAGAGGUUAAGGAUGGAUUCCGGAAAUUUGCAGGUCUUCAUGAUACGAUUUUGUACCUCUCACUUCAUGACCCAGCAGCUGCUUACCCGACAGGGUAUACGACAAACAAGACAGUGUCGGUUUGGGGCAGUGGUGGACGAAUAGAGCUUACGGUUGCUAAAUUUAUGGCGUUGCUAAAGACCGUGCAGCCUGACUGGUACCAGAGCAUAGCAGACGGUGAGACCUGGGAAAGCAACACCUCCAGGAAAAGGGUUAGGAAAUCUGUGGAUCGAACCCUUGCUCAUUUGGACAAGUGUCUUCUGGAGCACCAAACGACACCGGAGUUGGAGGGAAUGGAGGUAUUUGGAGUGGUAGAAGGAGGAGACAUCCUGGAGGAAAGAGUGCGUUCUGCCAAAGAAACGGCUAAGAGGCCAGUAGUGGGCUUUUGUUUGGAUGGUCUGCAGACAGGCUCCAUGGACCAGGGUCUGAGGACUGAGCUCAUCUCUGCUGUGAACAGAGAGCUGCCUGAGCAUAAGCCCAGGCUGCUGCAGGGCGUGGGCCGUCCCGAUGAGGUGCUGGCUUGCGUGGAGGCUGGAGUGGACCUGUUUGAGGGUUUCUUCCCCUUUCAGGUGACAGAACGUGGCUGUGCCCUUUAUUUCAACUACAACAUCUACCCGGACCCAGAGGUUACAGUGCUGGAGCGAGAUGAAGUGGAGAAACCAGUGGUGGAGAUGCAACCAAAUGGAGAAGUUAAUCCUGAAGAUCAAAUUGAAAUGACGACAUUUGAGAUCAAUCUGAAAGACAAGAGGUUUCAGGACGACUUUGCGCCGCUGGUAGAGGGGUGUGGCUGUUACUGCUGCCAGAACCACCAGAGGGCAUACAUACAUCACCUGCUUGUGACCAAUGAACUUCUGGCCGGUGUUCUUCUCAUGAUCCACAACACGGCCCACUACCAGGGCUUUUUCAAGGCUUUGAGAGAUGCACUGGCCAAUGACAAUCUUGAUGUCCUAAAGCGCCUGGUCCUGGGAGAGAAAGGUGCUCUGCCAGUGAAAAAGGAAUGAGGUAGAUCAAGAGUUACUGAAGUCAGGGGACUUUAUCAAAUAGAGAUCACACAGUGACCACAGGUUGUUGAACUGUGUGAGGUCAGCAGAUUAAUUUUGUACUACACAGACUAUAUACUCAUACAUACAUAAAUCCACAAAUAUUAAAGGUCCCUUUCAUUUUAAAGCUUGACUCUGGGGUGGGACACAUGUUGCUAGAAGAAGAUCUGACAAACGCGCCUCAAUAUCUGGGCUUUGACAUUUUGUCCUGGUUUAACACCAAAUGAGGAUCGCUAUUGAUCACAGGAGAUAGCUAGGAGGUGAAGUCAGGGAUAGGCAUCUGAGGAGGGAAAGGAACCCGAUUAGAGGUCAUAAUAAAUUUGCAUAGAGGAAUGUGAGGAUGGAUGGCGGUGGACUAUUGACUGUCACCCUGUGCCCACUCGUGCUGAUCUGAUCUCAGGUCAGUGCAUGACUAAUUUCCUUUGGACCCAUUGACACUGUGGGGGUUACAAGAUACCUCUGAGAAAACGACCAAAGUAGGCUUGACUUCUCUUUUGUUAACAAUAAAACUUAAACUACAUCUU